AUGGCGGCUCCUGCACCAACAGCAAAUCCGAAUCAAGCUCAGACACCAAAUGCUGAGAAUCCGAAUCAAGCUCAGACACCAAAUGCUCAAUCUGGCACGAUACCCAAGCCAUCUGCUAUAUUAGUCCCAAUACCACCAAAUAAACCAGGUGAACCAGCAUUCCAGUUGAAACUGGAGCCAGGUGGAAGGCUAGAGUUCAGGAGCGAUAAACUGAGCGAAGAGCCAUGUCAGAUCGAGGUCAAAUUGACAAAUACAACUAAGGAAAGGCAAACCUUCAAGGUUAAAUGCACAUCAAACGAGAUUUUUCGAGUACGUCCACCACUCGGAUUCUGUGAUCCAGAUGCUACGGUUUCCAUUAAAAUCAUAUUCUCAAGCAAAACGAUACCUAUGAGUGCAAGACAUUAUUUUGCAUUUUAUCAUAUGAGAAAUGAUGAAAAAGAUAAAACUGCAAGACAAGUUUGGACACCAGAAUCAAAACAUGAAGGAGUGCGUCGUAUUAUGGCAUAUUUUCUCAAAAACGAUGGAACACCAGCUGCACCAACCGAUCCAGCUUCUCUACCACCACCAGCACCAUCUGCAGCUGGUGGAGGUCAAACUCCUCCUGCACCAGCACCACAUUGA